AUGUCUUCCUAUAUGGAGGGCAGCUCACCUCAAUCGAUUACCGCGCUCCUCACAACGUGGACAAACAAAUACCGAUACCGCGAUCUACGUCCAGCGUUACGCUACUCAGAUGAGGUGCAGCAAGCUAGGCAGGAAGACCUUCCAUUGGUAGCACUGGAAUCCACGAUAUAUACUCAUGGGUUCCCCUAUCCAGACAAUGUCGACCUGGCACUUGGAUUGGAGCAGGUCGUUCGCGAUAAUGGUGGAGUGCCAGCGACCAUUGGUUUUAUUGACGGCGAAAUCUGUGUUGGGAUGACUAAAGACCAGCUUGUUCGUCUUGCUUCCGCUGCUGGGAAACCCGAAACAAUGAAGAUAUCCCGUCGAGAUCUCCCAUAUAUCACGGGAAUGCGACUCGCUGGGCGGCCUAUCACUGGAGGCACUACUAUCUCAGGAACAAUGAUGAUUGCACAGAGAGCUGGCAUCCGUGUCUUUGGCACUGGCGGACUGGGCGGAGUACACCGUGGUGGUCAGGAUACCAUGGACAUUUCUGCUGACCUGACCGAGCUUGGGCGUACCACCGUUGCUGUGGUGUCGUCCGGUUGCAAAAGUUUCCUUGAUCUUCCUCGAACUUUGGAGUUCCUCGAGACGCAGGGAGUGCCCGUCUGUACGUUCGCAGAUGGUCGUACGGGGGAUGUUGAUAUUCCUGCCUUUUAUACGCGUGAAAGUGGUGUAAAAAGCCCUUUCACUAUUCAAAAUGCCAAAGAAGCAGCCGCGAUGAUUUUUGCUCAGGCUCAUCUGCGCAGCACGAAAGGUGUCAUGGGUGGGCUACUCUUUGCAAACCCGAUCCCUAAAGAGUUCUCAAUUCCCAAAGCUGAGAUUGACCUUGCUAUCAAUCAAGCCGUCCAAGAAGCUGCCGAUCAAGGUUUCCACGGGCAUUCAAACACUCCAUUCAUUCUUGCGCGUAUCAAAGACCUCACCAAGGGAAACAGUAUCCCUGCGAACAGGGCAUUGAUUCGGUCAAAUGUCAAAGUGGCUACGCAGGUAGCUAUAGAGCUUGAGAAGCUUCGAAGUUUCUAUCGUAAAGAAGACGCUCAGAGAAAGGCAGAGGAGAGAAACAAAUACGGAGACAACCCACCUGCGGCUAUGAUUUCCUCUAAAGAUAGAAAAAAAACGCAGUCACAGGAAAAUUCAGAUCCACCUACUAUUUCUUCUGAAGCUAGAAACGAGAGUUCCAUGAAGAAGAUUGUACUACAAAGCCCUCCAGAUCUCGUCGUCUUUGGUUCAUUAGCUGUAGAUCUUGCUUGCGAUCAUUCGCCCGUGGAUUCGACCAAUAGUACAGACGCUGGGCCCUUAAUGAAGACGUCUAAUCCUUCGAUUAUCAAGCAGACAAUUGGAGGUGUUGGGCACAAUGUUGCACUAGCCGCUCAUAUUGCAUCAGGGGCGUUGAAAGUCCGGCUCUGUAGUGUGGUGGGCGCAGAUUCAACUGGUAGCGAAACACUCACAGCCAUUGAAGCCGAAGGUCUGGAUACGACUGGUAUCCUUACUCACCCUGAGGCUCGUACAGCACAAUACGUUGCAAUCAACGACGGAAAGAAAGACCUCGUGCUUGCAAUGUCCGACAUGAAAAUUCUUAGUGAAGCCAAGCCGAAACCUUCGUGGGUACUCUCAAACGCCAUGACCGCCAAAGUGGCAAUUGUAGACGGAAACUGGGAUCCCAUGGAACUACAAAAGCUCUUCAUCACUCUCAAAAAAGCAAACAAAUCCUUGAAAACCAUAUUCGAACCAGUCUCCGUCCCUAAAGCAGCAAACCUCUUCAAAAAAUCAACAUACCACACCAUCGAGAAAGCAUUCCCACACAAUCUCGUCGACAUCGCCACACCCAACACCUUCGAACUAUCAGCCAUGUACACUGCCGCCAAAGAAAACGGCUUCCUCGAAUGCCAAGAAUGGUGGGCACUCGUCGACGCUUUCGGCAUCCCCAGCACCGGCGCACGCGAUCGCUUCGUGCAAAUCACCAACGCAAAAAUGACAGACGAAGGUAUCCCCCACCAAACAAUCCAACUCCUCCCCUAUAUCCCCACCAUCCUCACCAAACUCGGCGCCGACGGUGUUCUCCUGACCCAACUCAUGACUCCUCACGACCCACGCCUAACGGACUCGCAACACACACGAUAUAUCCUCUCGCGUAACUCGAACGGAACGAAAACCGUCGGCGGGGUCUAUAUGCGACAUUUCCCUACGCAAGAGGUUGUCAAGGAGAUAGUCAGUGUGAAUGGGGUUGGAGAUACAUUUUUGGGUGUUUUGGCGGCGGGAUUGGCGAAGGGGAAGGCAUUAGAUAGCUCUUUGAUCGAUCUGGCGCAGAAGGCUGCGGGAUUGACCUUGGGCUCGAAAGAGGCAGUGAGUCCUGAACUGAAGGAUUUACAGGAGGAGUUUGAAAGUUUACCGUAG